CACAAGACAACACAAGAGGCUGAGUGAGGACACUUUUUAUUCCAUACAGGACACCGGAGCAACCUCUGCAUCUCACUCGAGGAAAGUGGAUUUAGUGGUGUACACAAAGUGUGCUGGAGAUCAUCCAUAUCAAUGAGGACACCUGGCAUGGCGCUUUUCAAGCAGCAGGCUAUGGAGGACUUCUAUGACAUAGGGGAGGAAUUGGGAAGCGGUCAGUUUGCCGUGGUAAAGCGUUGCAAGGAGAAGAGCACGGGCCUCGAGUACGCCGCCAAGUUCGUCAAGAAGCGCCAGAGUCGGGCCAGCAGACGCGGCGUGAGGCGUGAGGAGAUCGAGAGGGAGGUGGACAUCCUGCAGCAGCUCCAGCACCCCAACGUCGUGGCCCUUCACGACGUCUACGAGAACCGCACGGACGUGGUGCUUGUCCUUGAGCUCGUUUCUGGCGGAGAGCUGUUCGAUUUCCUGGCUCGCAAGGAGUCGCUUUGUGAAGAGGAGGCCACUCAGUUUAUCAAACAGAUCCUGGAUGGAGUCCAGUACCUCCACUCCAAGAGGAUUGCACAUUUUGACCUAAAGCCUGAAAACAUCAUGCUACUGGAGAGGAAUGUUCCUCUUCCCCGCAUCAAAGUCAUUGACUUUGGAUUAGCACACAAGAUAGAAGCCGGAGCAGAUUUUAAAAACAUUUUUGGAACCCCCGAGUUUGUUGCUCCAGAGAUAGUCAACUAUGAGCCCCUGGGGUUGGAGGCAGACAUGUGGAGCGUUGGAGUCAUCACGUAUAUACUUUUGAGCGGCGCAUCGCCUUUCCUCGGCGAAACAAAGCAGGAAACGUUAGGGAACAUCUCAGCCAUGAGCUACGAGUUUGACGAGGAGUUCUUUAGCAACACAAGCGAGCUGGCCAAGUGCUUCAUCAAAGAGCUGCUGGUGAAAGACACGAGGAAACGGAUGAACAUACAGGACGCCCUCAAUCAUCCUUGGAUUAAGUCCUGCGGGCGCACGCCGGAGAGCGCCGCCCCGGAGGCUGAGCAGAAAGCCGAGCAGCUGAAGAGCAAGCGUCUCAAGGAAUACACCAUCCAGUCGCAUUCCAACAUAACCCAGAACAACACCUAUGCCAGCUUCGAACGUUUCGCCCGCGUGGUGGACGACAUCGGUUUGAUGGAGGCAGAGGUGGCUGAGGUGACGGGGGCCCACCCCACCUUGCAAGGUGACCUCGAGGCAUUACUCGCCGUUUACAACGACAAGGAAGCCUGGUACAAAGAGGAAAACGAAAGUACCAGGAAGCAACUCUCCCAAGUCCACUACGAGUAUCGCAAAGCGGUGGCCACCAGGAGGCUGCUGAGGGAGGACCUGACGGUCGUGGGCACCACCCUGGAGAGCAUCAGCGGAAAGGUCCAGCACAGGCAGAGCCAGCUGGAUGUGCUGAGGCAGGAGCUGAACUCGGAGCUGCAGUGGCUGCAGGAGGUGAUGAGCUCUCUGGAGCCACAGGGCGCACAUGGCAGCAGUCUGGACGCAGCGCUCAAGGAUCUGCUGCGUCAGGGGGAGCUCCAACAACCCCCCACCAAGUCCAAUUAAUAUGAGGAGAGACUUUUUAUCAUUUUUAUGUGAUGACUUUUAACGUGCUUUUGGAAGGUAACAUAUUGCUCAUGUCAGCAAGUGUAAGCCUUUCCCAACUUUCAUUGAGCCAGAAAAAAAUCUCACGGCACACCACCGGACAAAAAAUGUUCACAAAGUUAUACAGUUGGACCUCCACAUAUUCGUAUUUAGGCAUUUGCGGAUUUACCCAUUUGCAGAUUUGUUUUGGGUGGUACCUAUCCGCUGUUAUAAACCCCCGCUUAUCUGCAGUUUUUUGACACAAUCCCCCAUUGAAUUUUCUUUGUGGAAAAACAAAGAUUUUUAUUCCUCGCAAUUGUAAUGAGCAUUAAUUAUUCGCGGAUCUUUGCUACUCACGAUCGGGCCCGAUCUCUAUCCCACGCAGAUAGUGGGGCCCCACUGUAGUUAAAUACUUCUGCUUGAAGUAACUAAUAUUCUGAUUGUAUUACUUUUCCCCUUCUUUUUAUACCCUUUGCAGUGUAUAUACUGGAGUAAUGAUGGUCUUCCCUCAUUUUACUCACAAAAUCCGGUCCUGGGUUCGGUCACAGACUCAGGCCCACCUGUGCGGAGUUUGCAUGUUCUAGUGUGGGUUUCAUUCCAAAAACAUGCAUGUUAGGUUUAUUGAAGACUGUAAAUUGUCCAUAGGUGUGAAUGUUUGUCUAUUUGUGCCCUGUGAUUGACUGGUGGCCAGUCCAGGGAGUACCCCGCCUUUGACCCAAGUCAGUUAGUAAAUGGAUGGAUGAUGAUGGACAAACGUAUUAGGACAACUGAUCAACUACAGGAUGCGAAAAUUGAACAGAAUAUGAAUUUGGUUUCCCUUUUGCAGCUGUAACAUCUUUGAUGACCUAUCCUAGCUCCUCCCCGGUGUUUGACGUGGUUGAGGUCAGGGCUUCAAUCAGGUCUUCCACACCAAGCCCAUCCAAGCUUGUCUUGAUGGAACUUGUUUUUUUCCCCUGGUAUUCUCACAUAAACUUGUCCAACAUUUAGGGGAAAACAUUGCUUUCGUGAGCCAUAAUUUCUUUUUCUUUAGAUCUAGAGGUAAGGUCUCAUUUUUUUGGAGCUCGGGGAUAUAUAACGCAAGGACGAUAGACGAUAGGUUGACUUCGAUAGCUUUUUAAUUUCGGCAAGACGGUUGUGUUACCAAUUAUUUAUGACUUCACUGUGUUCUGAAUUCAAGAUAGUAAAGCCAGUCUUUGCAAUGGAAUGCCUGAAAAUUACACGUUUGAUUUAUUUUCCAUUCCAUUUUAUGAUUUAGUACUGCAUGUUUUUACUGUGGCAAGCAAUUUUAACUGCCCAUUCACAUGACAUUCGUUUAUUUUUCCUCAUUUCGAAAGAGCACUUUUUUAUUGAAGAUAUUAUUUAUUUGCUUGAUUUAAUGAUAUUAUUUAUUUCUUGGCUAUAUUUUGGACAACUCUAAAAAUACAAAAAUGUAUGUAUCUGCCCUUAUGUGCAAUACUUGAAUGACGCUACAGAUUUAAACAAUGUGCACUUUUUGACUCUGUGUUAAAAUAUUGACUGUUAUUAAAUACCUGAAUUAAAUAUUUUCAAAAAGCAGUAUGUGUUCAUUGCAUUGCAUAUUGUUUGUCCCAAUUAUCUAAGGUUCCAUUUUAGGUCAGUCUAUUUAUCAGAUUUGAAAAUAAGUGCAUACAAUAUGAGAUUUUUUCGUUCUUGUCUUUUCUUUC